AACCCAGCGGGGAGCGCUGGGGACAGGGGACACGGCAGGGCUGGGGAGCUGAGGGGACACGUCCCCCCUCGUUAGUGGGCAGAGAAGCAUCACCUUUCCCUGAGGGACCAAGGGCCACCAACACAUCCCUGGUGGCACGGCCAGAGGGGGAUGGCAUGGCCAAAGCGGGAUGGCACAGCCGGAGGGGGAUGGCACAGCCAGUCCCUGCCAUGGCCACCGGGUCAGUGCCAUGUACCCCUGUGCCAGUCCCAGCCCCCCCUGCCCUGCCUGGGCACGGAACCCCAGAUGGCUACGACGAUGCCACAGCAGGAACCUCGGAUGGCAACGAUGAUGCCAUGGCUGGAACCGUGGAUGGCUAUGACGAUGCCACAGCAGGAACCUCGGAUGGCUACGACGAUGCCAUGGCUGGAACCGUGGAUGGCUAUGACGAUGCCACAGCAGGAACCUCGGAUGGCUACGACGAUGCCAUGGCUGGAACCCUGGAUGGCCACGACAAUGCCACAGCUGGAACCCUGGAUGGCCACGACAAUGCCACGGCUGGAACCCUGGAUGGCCACGACAAUGCCACGGCCCUGCCAGAGGAGUCCCCCGCUCCCAGCACUGGGGACAUCUCCGAGGGAGUGGCACGGAGGGGCUGGGUCUGUGUCCCACCCACAGGUGGGAGCUGCCCCCCUCCAAGUCCCCCCGGAGCCGCAAGGGACCCCCCGGGACAGCCCCCGGGGCACAUGGACUGUGAUGAUGUCGGCACCGGCGCCCUGGGGACGUCGCAGUGAGGAUGUCCCGGCCAUGCCCCAUCCCUGGGGACACGUGUGCAGGGUGCAGCUUUGGUGCUCCUGUGUGCACCUCUCGCCUUUGCCUCCUGAGACCAGCCUUGUGUUGCAGCUCAAUAAAGUCCAUGUUGGUG